AAUUGGAAAUAUCGAUUAAAGCUAUCGAUAGCUUAUCAACCAUUAUUUGUUUUUUCUUUUUGGUUUACUGCUUAUAAACAACGCAAUGGACUCAACUAAGAUUGAGUUUGCAGUGCAAAUGGAUAAAGAUGUUAAGUCGUGCGUGGAUAAGUUGCGGCAUGCUUUACAGGGCAUAGGUCAUAUUGACAUUGAUGCGACCGAUGGACGCGUGAUCGUUCAGACCACAGCUCCAUGGUCCGAAGUACAGGAUAAAAUCGAAAGUACCGGACGACGAGCUGUACUCUCCGGCUUUGGUGGUCAAUCGGCGGUGGCACUUAUCAAUACAACUGGCUGCGUAGUGGACCGCACACCUGUACAGGGCGCAGUACGAUUCACCACGAUUACCGCCAAACAGGCAGGCGUUGUUGUGGAUGGCGUAGUGGAUGGAUUAGAGCCAGGACUACAUGGCUUUCACAUACACGAAAGUGGCGAUGUAUCGAGUGGAUGUGCAUCGGUUGGUAAUCAUUAUAAUCCGCGUAACUCGCCGCAUGGCAGUCCCCAAGCAGACGCAACUAAUCGACAUGCUGGCGAUUUGGGCAACAUUCGAGCCGAUGAAACAGGCCGUGCUACAUUCCGUUUUGUAGAUCCCGCCCUAGAUAUGUGGGAUAUUAUCGGACGGGCCGUUGUCAUUACAGCCAAUGCCGAUGAUUUGGGAUGCGGCAGCAAUCCACAAAGCCGAAUCGAUGGCAAUUCAGGCGAAAGAAUUGCCUGUGGUAUAAUUGCACGCUCGGCUGGCAUAUUGCAAAACUUUAAAAGAAUUUGUGCCUGUGAUGGAGUAACUCUUUGGGAUGAGCGUAACAAGCCGCUGGCAGGCAAGGGGCGUGCUACAAAACUGUAAACGUUAAACUUUUUAUGGGAUUAUUGUAAAUAUAUAUAUUUAUAAAUAUUAAUACUACGCAUAAAUAUUAAUAA